CAGCAGUCCUUUGCGGAGACCAGGGAGCAGCGGUCCGGUCUUCACCUCCGGUUUUUCCACCGUAGUAAGUUACUCUCUCUUAAGAACUACUUGCAGAACUGAUGAUACACAGUGAGCAAGUGUUUACAGCAAGUUAGAUCGGGCUGAAGAAGUUGCUGUGUUAAACUUGGGGAAGAUGAUUUCUUGGUCUGUUGCCCUCCUGCUGCCUCUGCUGCUAUCAGCCCAGUAUCAAGGGGACAACGGAAUAGUGGUCCCGGAGCACGGGUUCUGUCAGCCGAUUUCCAUACCUCUGUGCACGGACAUAGCCUACAACCAGACCAUCAUGCCCAAUCUGGUGGGCCAUUACAACCAGGAGGACGCGGGUCUCGAGGUGCACCAGUUCUACCCUCUCGUGAAGGUGCAGUGCUCGCCGGAGUUGAAAUUCUUCCUGUGCUCCAUGUACGCGCCCGUGUGCACGGUCCUGGAGAAGGCCAUCCCUCCCUGCAGGUCGAUCUGCGAGCGAGCCAAGCAGGGCUGCGAGGCUCUCAUGAACAAGUUCGGCUUCCAGUGGCCGGACCGCCUGCGCUGCGAGAACUUCCCGGUGCUCGGGGACGGACAGAUCUGUGUGGGCCAAAACGAUUCCAACGCCGCUACCGUCCCGCCCAUCAUCCCGGUCCCGGGCACCCACGACCUCACCGACGUCCCCGCGCACGAGAGGCCUUUCCGUUGCCCGCCCGUGCUCAAAGUGCCCCCGUAUUUGAAUUACAAGUUCCUGGAGGUGAAGGACUGUGCGGCUCCGUGUGAGCCGUCAAGGAGCGGUGGAUACAUGUUCUUCAGCGACGAGGAGAUCCGCUUCUCCCGCAUAUGGAUCCUGGUCUGGUCCGUGCUCUGCUGCGCAUCCACCUUGUUCACGGUGACCACCUAUUUGGUUGACAUGCAGCGCUUCAGGUACCCUGAGCGACCUAUCAUCUUCCUGUCCGGCUGCUACACCAUGGUCUCUGUAGCCUACAUAGCCGGCUACUUCCUGGGGGACAAAGUGGUGUGCAACGACAGCUUCAGCCCCGACCGCUACAAGACCAUCGUCCAGGGCACCAAGAAGGAGGGCUGCACCAUCCUCUUCAUGAUGCUCUACUUCUUCAGCAUGGCCAGCUCCAUCUGGUGGGUCAUCCUGUCCCUCACCUGGUUCCUGGCGGCAGGCAUGAAGUGGGGCCACGAGGCCAUCGAGGCGCACUCGCAGUACUUCCACCUGGCGGCCUGGGCGGUGCCGGCCGCCAAGACCAUCAGCAUCCUUGCCAUCGGGCAGAUCGAGGGCGACGUGCUCAGCGGCGUCUGCUUCGUCAGCCUGAGCAGCCUGGACCCCCUGCGGGGCUUCGUGUUGGCCCCUCUCUUCAUCUACCUCUUCAUCGGCACCUCCUUCCUGUUGGCCGGCUUCGUGUCGCUGUUCCGAAUCCGCACCAUCAUGAAGCACGACGGCACCAAGACGGAGAAGCUGGAGCGGCUGAUGGUGCGGAUCGGGGUGUUCAGCGUGCUCUAUACCGUGCCCGCCACCAUCGUCAUCGCCUGCGUCUUCUACGAGCAGGCCUUCCGCCCCCACUGGGAGCGCAGCUGGGUCAGCCACAACUGCAGGGGCCUGGCCAUCCCAUGCCCUGCGCAGACGGGGCCCCGCAUGACCCCAGACUUCACCGUCUACAUGAUAAAGUACCUCAUGACACUGAUAGUGGGUAUCACCUCUGGGUUCUGGAUCUGGUCUGGAAAGACUCUACAGUCCUGGCAUAAGUUUUACACGAGGCUGACAAAUGGGAAACAAGGAGAGACCACCGUGUAGAAUGAAGGGACAUCCGAAUGUUGCUGGGACUUAUUACCUGUUUUUGUCAUGUGAUAGGAAGCACGGCGAGUCGCCACAGGUUCUCCCAGCGUUUGUAUUCGCCUCAGCUUCACAGCCACGCAUGCAUGCCAAACUGUGGGGUCAGGGUUUGACAAAAGGGCAAGCUGGAUAAACAAGGACUGAGCCGGACUGUCUGAACAAAUAACAAGCAUGGCUAUGGAUGCCAUGUGCUGAAAUGCUCCCCCCCCCUUCUCUUAAUAAAGCCACCUCGAGCUCACGUUGAGUGAUGAUCCAGCAGCCGAGGAAAACUCAAGAGAAAUGAGCGGUGCAAGAGCGGCGGUUUAUUCUCCCCUGUAAACGUUUCAUAUCUACUUCAAUGAAAUUGUAAAUUUGUAAAAACAUGAAAUUAUAUAUUUUGUAUUUAUAGAAAGUACACACUUCUCCUUGUCUGCCAGUGUACUUUACUUUUGCACUGUAAGAAUGCCACAUACUGCAGAUCUAGACAUGCCCCUUUUUAAAGAAAUAUAUAAUUUCUGGUUUUGAAUUACGUUGUUUUUAUGGAUUAAAAGAACAUUUCAGUCUUUUUCAGAAGCUUUUUCGUUUUAGCCCACUAUAAAAACAACAACAUGUGCUGAGACAGAUAUAAUCAACUACUCAAAUGCUUUGAUUUUAAUGUCCUUGUUCAAUGGGAGAAACUGUGUAUUUCUUUACUUUUUCCCUUCCUUAUGUUGAGUAUUCUUUACAGAUUAAAUAAUAUCGUGUUACUUUCUUUGAUAACAGAACAACCAUGCUGUUUUCUCUGUGGGGGGGGGGGGGGGGUCUUGUUGCACCUGGACAUCUGUUGCCUCAGACUGGCAGUAAAAUAAAUCAUUGUCAUUCCUAA